AUGGUCGCUUUGGUUUCUCAAGAAAAUGUUGUCACAUUGGUUUCUCGUACUGGUCGAGAGUUGCAGCGGUAUAAAAAAGGUCGUCGUCAAGUUGUUGGAUGUAUACCUUACAGAUUUAAGAUUGGGGAGAAAAAAUCUUUGGAUGUUUUGGAUGAAUAUGAAGUGCUUGUUAUAAGUUCUCAGAAUGGAAAAGGGAUGUUAUUUCCAAAGGGAGGUUGGGAAUUAGAUGAAUCUCAAAAGGAGGCAGCCUUGAGAGAAACUAUGGAGGAAGCUGGUGUCAAAGGCAUUGUUGAGGGUAAAUUGGGUAAAUGGAGUUUCAAGAGUAAAACAUAUGACACUUUAUAUGAUGGUUACAUGUUCCCUUUACUUGUUGAAGAACAAAUGGAGUUUUGGCCAGAACAAAACCUUCGUCAAAGAACAUGGAUGAGCAUAAGUGAGGCAAGAGAUAUUUGUCAACACUGGUGGAUGAAAGAGGCUUUGGACAGAUUAGUAAACCGUCUUUUGGGUCAAAAACUUGUUCGUGAAAACCAAGUUUUACUUCGUCCUCUAAAUUGCAUUGGAGAUGCCAAAUCUGACUUGUUAAUAGUGUAA